AUGAUGAUGAAAAUGCGAGUUCGAAAAUGUCCCACAGAUGAUUUAGCAUUAACAAAUUGUGCAAUUUUAAAUGCCAAUGCAUUGAAUGGAAUGGAAAUUAAGCAUAUACUGGUAAAGACUGGUCCUGCUCAUCAUUUCAUUUUUUCCGUUCGGAAACAUCCAUCGUUAAAGAAUGAUGAGAUUGCUUUCGCUCUUCCUCAGCGUAAAUGGGCGAAAUUAUCAUUGGAUCAGGAAGUGGAAGUGCAACAUUUCAGUUUCAAUAACAAUCAGUUCAUCGGAUCAAUUACUUUUGCUGCUGAUUUUCAGUCAAAGAAGAAUCAAACAUCUGAACCACUAAAUACAGAUUUUAUGGCCCGUGAAUUUUCUAUCCAGUUCUCUGGUCAUGCAUUUACACGUGGUGAAUUAUUGGUAUUUAAAUUUGAUGAUGAUAAAGGGAAAUCACAUACUUUGGCUUUAACAGUGACAUCAAUACUUGGUAUCGACCUCUCACUGGCUACAAAUCCACAGGCUGUCGCUAAUUUGAAACCCAUUGAGAUUGAUGCAGGGCAGCUUUUGCCAAACUCUGUUAUUGUUUUCGAUAAAGCGGAGGAAUCGUUGUUAAAUUUGGUCGGAAAGAGCAAAGGGAAGUCAGCGUAUCGUUCCAUCAUCAAUCCAGAUUGGGAUUUUCAGAAAAUGGGGAUUGGUGGUUUGGAUAAGGAAUUUUCCGGCAUUUUUCGAAGAGCAUUUGCUUCACGUGUCUUUCCACCUGAAUUUAUUGAGCAAUUAGGCAUGAAGCAUGUUAGAGGUAUUUUACUUUAUGGUCCACCAGGAACCGGUAAAACGUUAAUGGCUCGUCAAAUUGGGAAAAUGCUGAAUGCUCGGGAACCUAAGAUCAUCAAUGGACCACAAAUUCUAGAUAAAUAUGUUGGCGAGUCGGAAUCGAACAUCCGAAAGCUGUUUGCUGAUGCCGAGGAAGAAUGGAAAAGAUGUGGUGCUAGUUCAGGAUUGCACAUAAUUAUAUUUGACGAAAUCGAUGCUAUUUGUAAGCAGCGUGGUUCUGUGGCCGGUUCUACAGCGGUACACGAUACGGUGGUUAACCAGCUGUUAGCUAAAAUGGAUGGUGUUGAUCAGCUGAAUAACAUUCUUGUAAUUGGUAUGACAAACAGAAAAGAUAUGAUCGAUGAAGCGUUGUUACGUCCAGGUCGAAUGGAAGUGCAAAUGGAAAUUUCAUUACCUGAUGAAGCCGGUCGUUUACAAAUUUUGAAAAUCCACACUGCUAGGAUGAGAGAAUACGACAAAUUGGAUCCCAACGUUGAUCUGAUUGAACUUGCUAAGAAAACCAAAAAUUUCUCAGGCGCUGAAUUGGAAGGUCUAGUACGAGCAGCUCAGUCAAGCGCAAUGAAUCGAUUGGUAAAAGCGGGUGGCAAAGUGCAACUAGACGCUGAUGCAGUGGAGAAGCUGAUGAUCAAUGUUGACGAUUUUAAUUAUGCUCUUGAAAAUGAUGUCAAACCGGCUUUCGGUCACUCUAACGAAGAACUGGAAAAGUACUUGACUGGUGGAUUUAUUUCCUGGAGUGCGCAGGUUACUCAAAUACUUGAACAAGGCGCUUUGUUGGUAAAACAAGUACGAAGUCCUGAUACAAAAGGAUUUGCUUCUGUUUUACUAGCAGGUUCACCAAACAGUGGCAAAACAUGUCUGGCCGCGAUGAUUGCAAAAGCUUCCGAUUAUCCAUUCAUAAAAGUAAUUAGUGCGGAAGAUAUGGUCGGAUAUACCGAAACAGCGAAAUGUGCUGCUCUGCGGAAAGUAUUCGAUGAUGCGUAUCGGUCGCCGCUCAGUUGUGUUAUUGUUGAUGGUGUUGAACGGUUACUAGAUUUCUCACCAAUUGGUCCGCGGUAUUCAAAUUUGGUCCUACAAGCAUUAUUUCUUUUAGUGAAGAAACUACCACCUCCGAAUCGGCGUUUACUUGUUGUCGCUACGUCAAGUAAUCGUUCAUUCUUACGUGAGCUCGGUUUAUUGUCAGCAUUCUGUACAAUAAUAGACGUACCCGCGCUAACAACCGUGCAGCAUAUCAUGGCUGUUAUUGAGGAUACAAAUGCACUUUCACGCCAAGAAUGCGAAGAGAUUCGUAGCGAGCUUUCUCGUGUAAAUAAAGAAUACUUCAUUGGAAUCAAGAAGUUAUUAAAUGUGGUUGAUAUGGCACGGGAAUGUGAACCGGUAGAUAGAGUUUCAGUGGUUGUGCAGAGUUUGAUGUCUGAAACAUUCGGUAAUUCGUAAUCUGGAUAAUGAUAGCGACUUUUUGACAUAUUGUCUGACAUAUGUCAGAUUUGCAGAUUUUAUUUAUCAUUUUUUCC